UAUCGUAUUUACCUGGAAUUCCACCUUCAUAGGUUAAAGCUGGCAAAGGUUGACGUCCUUAUUUAUAGUUUUUCAUUCCUUUGUAAAUUAAAUAAACAAUAUGAGUCUUCCACCUGGUUGGGAAGCUAGAUGGGAUCCAAACCAUAGAAGAUUCUACUAUUUGAACCAUGCAACUAAGACUACAACCUGGGCCCGUCCUACUGCUCAACCACAUGUGGAACAAAUUCCUAUGCAAGAUUACCCUUAUCGUCGACCAUUCCUUCUGCAUCUUCUCAAUCGACACCAUUGACAAGGGAAACUGGUUUUCAAUCAUCGAGUCAAAGACAAAACAGUGAAGAAGAAGAAGAUAUGUGGAGGAAUGUGGAUGAAUUAGUAAACACAAUGAGAAAUAACAAUAGAACUGCACUUUCAUUCAAUGAAAAAGUUAAUGUCAAAGAAAAGUUUAAGCGUGAGUUCAGGGAAUUAAAAAGUGCUGAUGUUGAAAGAGUAGUUGAGCAAAACAACUAUGAUGAAGAUGUUAUCAGAGCAAUGCUUGCAUCAUUGAAAGAUGUCGAACUUGAAACUCAGCGAAGGAAACAGGAAGAAGUCCAAAAGCAGAAAGAGAGACAAAGAAGAAUGGAAAUUGAGAAGAUGAGGAGAGAAAUGAAAGCCAAGAAGGAGGCAGAAAUGAAAGCUAAAAAAGAGGCAGAAAUGAAAGCUAAAAAGGAAGCAGAAAUGAAAGCUAAAAUAGAAGCAGAGAAAAAAAAGAGAGUUAAAGUUGGCGUGAGACACACAACACAGCAGAUAACUGGAGGAAAUACAAUAACGUCACGACAGACUGAUGUAACUGCGGCAGAAAGCAAUGGAGUAUAUACUUCACGAGCACCUCUAGACAAGAAAGUUUAUAUUUCUCCAAACAGGAUCCAGCCUGUUGGACCUCAAGCAUCUUUACGUAAUGGACCUGAUUUAAAGAAUUUAACACGCGAUGUCAUCACCCCAGUGAGUGGACCAAACAGAGCCCUUGUUUCUGGACCACAAAGCUGUAAUGUUCGUGGUUCAAGUAGAGUAAAAAUAAAGCAAGCAAUACAUAAUGGACCCCAGUCUUGUCUUCGACAAGGACCGCAAUGUCGUACAAUUAAUGGUUAUAAAGUAAAUGAUGUUUCUAGUCAAAGCUCUGGAUUAAUGAAUGCCGUUGUAUCUUUUUAAAUUGUCUGGAUUUGAUUUGUACAUAAAAACGUUCUGUUUCCAGCUAUACAGUAACAGUUUGUCUCAGGUCGAUCGAUUUUACAAAUGACAACUUGUAUGAAAUAGCUGUUGUCAUUAUAACUAUUCAUUAUUAUUGUUAUAAGUUCACCUACGUAUGUCGCUAAAUAACUCAACAAAUAUAUAUAUACGAUAUUUUUA